CUAAAGCAUUGGCUGCUGCUCAUCCUCAUUGAUAAAACUUGUACGCUUGCUUUUAAUGGGAAGGGGAAACUCUUCUAAAGUUUCAAUCUUUGAUUCAAAUUGUUCUUACGCAUGAGAUCUUCUUUGAAUCAAAUUUAAAGGCUUAGCUUGCUGGUUGUGAGCUGCACAAUGUACAGAAUGUGAUCUGCAGCUCUGCAAAAUUCAACAGUUUUGGUUUCUUAGCUUGAGAAAGUUCAUACAGGGCAAGAAUGGCGGCUGCAGAUAAAGAUUCCAAGACUCACAACGCUCUGCAAGUUUCAACAUCUCAAAGGGGGCUAAUAAGUGAGGAAGAUCCUGAAAAGCAAGUGCAGGGUAGUGUUCUUGCCCUUCCCAAGAGGCUGCAGUUCCUAAAGUUGGGUUCUUUGGCUACUUUGGCUUCUCCACCUGCAAAGUUUCAGCAGAUUGCUAAGGAAAACGAUGGUGUUUCUCGAAUUCGAGGCCGCUUGAAUAGAUUGUUUUCUAGGAAAUUUGAUUGGAAGUCUGUUGGGAGAAUUUGCAGGGAAUGGAUAAGGAAUCCUCUGAACAUGGCACUUCUGAUAUGGAUUGUGUGUGUUGCUGUUUCAGGUGCAAUUCUGUUCCUGGUAAUGACAGGAAUGUUGAAUCAUGCCCUCCCCAAGAAGUCUCAGAGGGAUGUUUGGUUUGAAGUGAACAACCAAAUCAUCAAUGCACUGUUUACUCUCAUGUGUUUGUAUCAGCAUCCAAGAAGGCUAUACCACUUUGUUCUUCUGUUUCGAUGGAGGCCCGACGAUAUUUCUUGGCUCAGGAAGGUUUACUGCAAGAAUGGGACUCACAAGCCCAAUGAAUGGGCUCAUAUGAUGGUGGUUGUUUUGCUGCUAAACCUCAAUUGUUUUGCUCAAUAUGUUCUGUGUGGGCUUAAUUUAGGGUACCCUAGAUCAGAACGCCCUGCUAUUGGAGUGGGAAUAUGUCUGUCUGUUUCAAUUGGGGCACCUGGAAUAGCUGGUGUUUAUUCUAUGAUUAGCCCUCUUGGCAAAGAUCACGAAGCCCCCGGGCUUGAUGAGGAAGCACGAGUGGAGCAUAGUAUCGGGGGAGCCAUUGAGGCGAGGGGGAAGUGGAGUGGAGGCGUUUUCGAUUUCUGGGAUGACAUUUCCUCAGCAUACCUCUCUUUGUGUUGCACAUUUUGUGUUUUUGGAUGGAACAUGGAGAGGCUAGGGCUUGGGAACAUGUAUGUUCAUAUUGCCACUUUUCUGCUCUUCUGCAUGGCACCAUUCUGGAUUUUCGGCCUGGCUGCUGUUAAUCUCGAUAACGAAUCUGUGAGAGCAGCAUUGGGAGUCACUGGGAUUCUUCUCUGUGUUUUUGGUUUGUUGUAUGGUGGGUUUUGGAGGAUUCAGAUGAGGAAGAGAUACAAUUUGCCUCCAUAUAGUUCUUGUUGUGGUAAACCAUCUGUUGCAGAUUGUGCAUUGUGGCUUUUCUGUUGUUGGUGCUCUUUGGCUCAAGAAGUUAGGACUGGGAAUUCAUAUGAGGAAAGGGUUGAUCAGAAACAGCCAAAUAUUUCUCCUUUGCCUAGGGAGGAUGGGUUGUUUAGGUCUAAUCCUAUGGCACCUCCUGCUCCUGUAAUUGUCACAAGAGAGGACGUUUAACGGAAACAGUUUUGACGGAUUGACUCUUGUAUCUGUACGUAACAUCAUGUUAAAGAGUUUAAAGUUAUGACUUUUCUGGAUUUGGGUCGAAUCUGGAUUAAUCGUGGGAAAACAGUUCUGACGGAUUAACUCUUGUAUCUGUACGUCACGUCACAUUAAAGAGUUUAAAGUUAUGGCAUUUCUAGAUCUGGGCCGAAUCUGGAUUAGUCGUGGGGAUACCGGGUGUCAUAUGCUAUGAAAUGGUAGAUGGCUUGGCUUUAAUUUGGCAUUGAUGUUGCUCUUGUUAGCCAAAUGCUUUCAUCUUCCUUUCCAUUGUAUUUGUUGUAUAUAAAUGUCGCCCACCCCCUAUAACACCACUGAAAUUUUCAAUCUUGAAAUUCAAAGAGAAGUUAUCCAUUUACAUAUAUUCUACAAUUGAAUUCA